ACUUCUGUGCACCUGUUGUGAUCUGUCAGGAUGAAGCUGCUGUUGGGGUUUGCUGCUUGUCUGCUCGUGGGCAGCUGUGCCAGUGUCUCUCUGGAAGACCUGGAGUUCCACGCAUGGAAGCUUAAGUUUGACAAGACGUACAGCUCCCCCUCAGAGGAGGCUCAUCGCAGAGAUGUGUGGCUGCAGAACCGUAAGAUGGUGCUGGUUCACAACAUGCUGGCUGACCAGGGCAUCAAGUCCUACCGCCUCGGGAUGAACUACUUCGCUGACCUGGAAAACGUAGAGUACAAGAGCCUGGUGUCCCGGGGAUGCCUGAGGUCCUUCAACAGCUCCCUGCCCCGUCACGGCUCCACCUUCCUGCUCACACCUGGACUCUCAGACCUGCCUGCCUCUGUGGACUGGAGGGACAAGGGCUACGUCACCCCAGUCAAGGACCAGAAGCAGUGUGGCUCCUGCUGGGCCUUCAGUGCUACGGGCUCACUGGAGGGCCAGACCUUCAGGAAGACGGGUAAACUGGUGUCUCUGAGUGAGCAGCAGCUGGUGGACUGCUCUGGAGACUAUGGGAACAUGGGCUGUAUGGGAGGACUGAUGGACCAGGCCUUCGAGUACAUCCAGGCCAAUGGAGGCAUCGACACAGAGGACUCCUACCCCUAUGAGGCCGAGGAUGGGAAAUGCCGUUACGAUCCUUCCAAAAUCGGCGCCACGUGCACGGGCUACGUGGACAUAAAGAGCGGAGACGAGGACGCGCUGCAGGAGGCCGUGGCCACUGUUGGACCCGUCUCUGUGGCCAUUGAUGCUUCUCACGAGUCCUUCCAGUUCUACGAAUCAGGAGUGUACGACGAGCCUCACUGCAGCAGCUCCGAACUGGACCACGGGGUUCUGGCCGUGGGCUAUGGGUCGUCCGACAAGGGGGAUUUCUGGCUGGUCAAGAACAGCUGGGGAGAGAGCUGGGGGAACAAGGGCUACAUCAUGAUGACCAGGAACAAGCACAACCAGUGUGGCAUCGCGACAGCUGCCAGCUACCCCCUGGUCGGCUUCUCCACCGAACAGAGGCAGUGUGGGAAGGGAACCUAUGAGAACAGGGCUGGGGACAAGACGUACAGCUCCCCCUCAGAGGAGGCUCAUCGCAGAGAUGUGUGGCUGCGGAACCGUGAGCUGGUGCUGGUUCACAACAUGCUGGCUGACCAGGGCAUCAAGUCCUACCGCCUCGGGAUGAACUACUUCGCUGACCUGGAAAACAAAGAGUACAGGAACCUGGUGUCCCGGGGAUGCCUGAGGUCCUUCAACAGCUCCCUGCCCCAUCACGGCUCCACCUUCCUGCUCACACCUGGACUCUCAGACCUGCCUGCCUCUGUGGACUGGAGGGACAAGGGCUACGUCACCCCAGUCAAGGACCAGAUGCAGUGUGGCUCCUGCUGGGCCUUCAGUGCUACGGGCUCACUGGAGGGCCAGACCUUCAGGAAGACGGGUGAACUGGUGUCUCUGAGUGAGCAGCAGCUGGUGGACUGCUCUGGAGACUAUGGGAACACGGGCUGUGACGGAGGAUUCAUGUACAAGGCCUUCGAGUACAUCCAGGACAAUGGAGGCAUCGACACAGAGGACUCCUACCCCUAUGAGGCUGAGGAUGGUAACUGCAGGUAUAACCCCUCUCACAUUGGAGCCACGUGCACAGGCUACAUGACAAUCAGCAGAGGAGAUGAGUACGCACUCCAGGAGGCUGUGGCCACCGUUGGACCGGUCUCUGUGGGUAUUGAUGCUUCUCAGGAGACCUUCAUGCUCUAUCAGUCAGGAGUGUACGAUGAGCCCGAAUGCAGUAGCAGCGACUUGAACCAUGGUGUUCUGGCUGUGGGCUACGCCAGCCUUGGAAAUCAGGAAUACUGGAUAAUCAAGAAUAGCUGGGGAGAGGGCUGGGGAGAAGGAGGCUACAUCAAGAUGAGCCGAAACAAACAGAACCAGUGCGGCAUCGCCAGUUUAGCCAGUUACCCCCUGGUCUGAGCAGACCAGGACCAACUGC